UUCACAUUAGUGCUUCCAUUGAAUUUUUUUUACUUGUACUACUCUCAGGAGCUUUUAACUUUCAAACAGUUCAACAUGGCUUCUGCAAUGCAGAUGUCUGCGUGGGUUGCAUGAGUGUGGAGAGGAGAGCCCUUCUUAAGCUCAAGCAAAACCUCACAGAUCCUAUGGAUCGUCUUUCGUCUUGGAUGGGAGAAGAUUGCUGCAAAUGGAGAGGUGUAGGCUGCAGCAACAAAACUGGUCGUGUGAUCAGCCUCAAUCUUCGCAAUCCAUUUUCAGAUGGUUUGGAUGGAGCACUGCAUGCUUUAGGUGCGAAUUCGGACAUUGGAGGUCAGUUGCCAAGAAGCUUGGGGAUGCUUUGCAAUUUGCAGUCUCUUAAACUUUCAAUCAACAAAGUUUCUGGUGAGAUAACUGAUUUUGUUAACAGUUUGUCUAGAUGCUCAAACAGCAGCUUAGAGAGAUUGGAUUUAGGUUAUAACAAUUUCACAGGAAACUUGCCUACUUCAUUAGGACAUCUUAAGAACUUAAGAUACCUCAAGUUGUGGUACAACUUCUUUCAGAGUUCAAUCCCAGAAUCUAUUGGAAACUUGACAUCUUUGGAGGAGUUUUACCUUGCAAACAAUCAGAUGGGUGGAGCCAUCCCAGAAAGUUUUGGGAAGCUUUCAUCUCUGGUUGCACUAGAAUUCUCUGGUAACAUAUGGGAAGGUGUCAUAACAGAAGCACAUUUUAACAAACUGCUAAGUUUAAAAGAGGUGUCAAUGAGAGUAGAUCAAUCGAACAUGCCCUUAGUCUUCAACAUAAGUUCUGACUGGAUACCUCCCUUUAAGUUGAAAUAUUUGAGCAUCAGCUCAUGCCAACUGGGUCCGAAAUUUCCUACAUGGCUCAGAAAUCAGACUGGGUUGUCUGUACUGGGACUUACAGGUGCUGGAAUUUCGGACACCAUACCGGAUUGGUUUUUCCGGUCGGAUUUGCUAUUAGAUGAUCUAGAUUUAUCUAAUAAUCAACUAAGUGGCAGAGUGCCUAGCUCAUUAAGAUUCACCAAGAGGGGCAUUCUUAAUUUGAGUGGAAACCUCUUUGAGGGGCCCUUCCCACUCUGGUCAUCAAACAUUUCUGGUCUGUAUCUUAAUGAUAAUGCAUUUUCUGGGCCAAUUCCUCACGACAUUGGUGAAGUGAUGCCUUUGCUAGAAGAUGUACACAUUUAUAUGAACUCUCUCACAGGUAGCAUUCCACUGUCCAUUGGUAACCUAAGCCAUUUAACAACCCUGGUUAUCUCAGAUAACCACUUUUCUGGUGUAGUUCCUGAUGUUUGGAACAGCUUGUCCGAAGUGUACAUUGUAGAUAUGUCAAACAACAGUCUAUCAGGAGCAGUGCCAAGAUCCAUCGGUUCCCUUAGUACACUCAGAUUCUUGAUUCUCUCCAACAACAAAUUUUCAGGCAAACUGCCUUCACUGGAAAACUGCACAGGCUUAAAGAGUCUUGAUCUUGGGGACAAUGAGUUUUCUGGACAUGUCCCGGCGUGGAUAGGAGAAAGUAUUCUCUCCUUGUGGAUUUUACGCAUGAGUUCCAACUCUUUCACUGGUAACAUUCCUUCACGGCUAUGUCGCCUCUCCAAUCUUCACAUACUGGACCUCUCAAACAAUGAUCUUGUCGGUCAUAUUCCUCCUUGUGUGGGUAAUUUGAGUGGACUGAAAAUAUCUGAAGCCACAGAUUCAGAUACAGAGUUCCUUUACCAGGGAGAAUUAGAGGUAGUCUCAAAAGGAAGAGUGCUUGAAUACGACACCAUCCUUUACCUUGUUAACAGCCUAGACCUAUCAAACAAUAAGUUAUCAAGAGAGAUGCCAGUGGAGCUUACAAGCCUUAUAAUGCUUGGAACCUUGAAUUUGUCCAUGAAUCAACUCACAGGGAUGAUCCCAGAGAAGAUUGGAGACUUGAAAUCGAUAGAAACCCUCGAUCUUUCAUUGAACAAACUUUGGGGUUCCAUUCCACAAAGCAUGGUUUCAUUGACAUUCAUGACUCAUCUGAACCUGUCACACAACAACUUGUCCGGGAAAAUCCCAACAAGCAAUCAGUUCAACAGCCUCAUUGAUCCAUCAAUCUAUCAAGGUAAUGCCGGUCUUUGUGGUGAUCCGUUACCAACUGCUUGCCGAGACAAUGAAGAAACACCUCAUGUUCCAAGUGAAGAUGGCGAAGAUGGUGACGAUAAAUCUGAAAAGGUAUGGCUCAUCAUCAUCACAGCAGUAGGUUUCAUUUUGGGGUUCUGGGUGGUUUUUGGGAGUAUGGUCAUCAACAAGACUUGGAGAUAUGCCUAUUUUCGCUUCCUUGACAGGAUGAAUUAUGCUAUCCUUGAUUUUGCAUCGGCCACAAAGAAAUGUUUGUGCAGAAGAUCAGCUGAUCAGGCAUGAUUGAACUUUCCUAGUCUUCACAUUUCUAUGGUUAAUCAUCACUGUGGUGAAAGGUUUCAUUACAGAGUUCUGGGGAGUUUUUGGGAGUUCGAUGAUCAAGAUUCAAGAAGUCUUGCAGAAAUGCAUAUUUUCAGUUCCUUGACAAAAUAAAGUACUCAUCCAUGGGCAGGCAUCUGUGGAAGGGUGCAUUUGAAGUUUAAAGCACUUGUAUUUUUGUUUGGUUUUGUGAUUCAGCAAAUUAAUACAGCCAUAUAUGCUAUAUGUGCAUGAUCCUUUCGUUAUAUGUAAAGCUUGUUAAUUUUGCGCAAGACUUUGUACGAUGCAGUAUAAAAAGAUCAAUGACAGUAUCUGUGCU